AUGUCCGAGGAGGGCCGGCUGUCGCUGUCCGGGCCGGAGGUGAUCGAAACCGUUCGCGGCGUGGAAGAGUUUGAUUCCCGCGACCGCGCGCUGGCCCAGGUGCUGGUGCCCGAUGCCAUCGGGGCGUUCGCGCAGGCGGCAUUCGAUGCGCUGCUGGUGGACACCGCCAGCACCGAUGCCGAUGCCGCACUGAAUGCCCUGCAGGCACGUCAUGCCGCAUUGAAAGCACGCGUGCAGGCCUGGGGCGGAUGCCGCGAUGGUCUUGAGAUCUGGUCGCUGCUGGGCAUCACCGAACCCGAGCGGCUGCCGCUGCUGGACACCGACGACUUCCUCGCCGUCACCGCUGAUCGGAGGCCUGCCAUGAGCCUGCCCCUGCGCGCGCUGCUUGAUGCGCUGUUUCCGCGUGGCCACGCCGUUGCCGUGGAGGACUCGGUGCUGACCGGAACCGCCAGCACCGACGACGGCGAGGUGACCGUGAUCGGCACCGCCGACAAGCUCGAAGUGGGCGUGGACCACGCACUGGCACUGGCCGAAACCGUGCUGGCCAGCACCGCCGCACAUCCCCAUCGACCGAUCGUGAUGCUGGUCGACACCGCCGGCCAGCGCCUGGCACGCCGCGACGAACUGCUCGGCAUCAACGGCUGUUUCGCGCACCUGGCGCAGACGCUGGGAUCUGGCCCGCCGCCGUGGCGCCCGCCUGGUCACCCUGGUCUACGGUGA